AUGGACGGUGGAUUGGAGACAAGACCUAGCCAGCAAAGGACUGAGGAUGACUGGUCCGCCAUCUUUGUGCAUGCCGGUGCAGGUUUUCAUUCAGUCCAAAACGAACCCAGUCAUCUUGAAGCUUGCUCCGCUGCUUGCAGAGCUGCCAUGGUAUUCCUGCGCAAUGGCGGAUCUGCUGUUGACGGUGUUGAGAUGGCUUUAAAGAGUCUAGAGGAUAAUGAGAUCACCAACUCCGGCUAUGGGAGUAAUUUAUCCCUGGAUGGGACGGUAGAAUGUGAUGCCUCCAUCAUGGAGGAUACCGGGAGGUCUGGUGCUGUAGGAGCCGUUGACCGUUUUAAAAACCCUUCGGCCCUCGCCCGACUUGUUCUCGACAAUACUCGUCGGCCAAUGUCCUUAAAGCGUGUACCGCCUGUUAUGUUGGUCGGGCCAGGUGCACAGUCUUAUGCAAAGGAACAUCGAUUCCCGCUAGUUGACAAUGAAGCACUUAUCAGCCGAAAUGCCCAUGCUCGCUGGGUCAAGUGGAAACGUGAGCUUGAUGCCUAUGGCAUUCGUCAUAAAGAGCAUAAAAAGACACCACGCUCUAAAGUUACCGGGGUCACCCUAACGGCAGCAGCGCUAUCAGCUAAAUCAGAACUGGAUGCUGAAAUUGAAAAGACAGGCCAGCGUGAUGCUACAGAGGAUGUGGUUACCGAUACAGUAGGUGCUAUCUGUGUUGACCGUUGGGGUAGAGUUGCAGCAGGAAGUAGUUCCGGUGGUAUCGGCAUGAAGCAUCGUGGCAGAAUUGGCCCCGCAGCAUUGAUUGGUAUUGGAACUUGGAUAAGGGUAGAGGAUGGAAUUGUUGUUGCAACAACAUGCUCUGGAACUGGAGAACAAAUGGCACAUACAUUGAUUGCAUCCAAAGCUGUUGAUCGCAUGUUUCAUAGUGAUGAUGAAUCGCAAGGCUUAAAGACAAGCAUUGAAAAGGACUUCAUGGGAUCGAAAGUUGUUCAAGAGUCAACCAUGUCCUCUGCUGUUGGCAUCAUGGCUAUCAAAAUCGAUAAAAAUGCAGCGGAAAAACGGAUAUAUUUCACAUACGGACACACCACUGAUAGCAUGGCUAUGGCACAUAUGACAGCAUCCAUGAUUGAGCCAGAAACAGUCAUGUCACGUAACGCACGAAAUCCCAAGACCUGCCUUGGUGGAAAGGUCGUUAGACUCCCUUAA